AUGGAGCGGUGCAUGUACAUAGGAUGUGAGAUUUCUAAAGUGCCUUUAUCUGAUACUGCUCAGAGGAUUAUGACAGCUCUGCAGUCUAUUCCUGUAGAAGUUCAGACAAACAGAGACAAUAACCAGAGUAUAGAGAAGACAAAGGACAAUAAAGUAGGUGAUAAGGAUGCACAUCUGAGAAAUGAAAAGGAGGUUUGUGAUUCCAGAAUUGCCAUUUUAAAAACAUCUGCCAGCCCUGAAAAAAGUACUGCUGGUGAGAUAGUCAGGACAGUGCAUACCAAUGAAAUGCUUGGCUGUCAAGAUACCAAAAUAGUGAGCUGUUACCAGGAUUCAGACUUGCCAACAUGGGAAUAUCAAGAAAGAAAUCUUUCAGUAGAAGCAAAAAAGCCGAAGGAUGGGGAAAAGAAAAUAACUGUUCCUCUUAAAAGAAAGCAAAAUGUGUUUACGUGUUGUUCAGAGAAAACAAGAAGAUUACAUGUAAAGCCCUGCACUUCUUCACAUGAAAGAAGAUACGACUAUAGCUCUGGACAAAGAGAGACUUCUGAAAAUCAUCCUUGUGAUAUCAGCACUUUAGGAUAUGAAGAAAAAAGAGAACUGCUUGCAACUAUAGAGCAGGCAGUGGCUUUUGUAACUACGAUGAUAUUUCAAGAUGGUUCUUCACAGCUCAGUUCAGAACAGGUCUCAACCUCUUCAGUAAAAGGAGUUGUUGUGCUAGUGAAGAAUCCUCCCAGCAACUCUUCAACUGGCUGUGCUUGGAAUGCUGCUAAGGAAAAUGAUAAAUUAAUUUAUUUAAAAACUGAACGACCGUCUCUCUGGGGACAAGAACAGGCUCACAUGAAAUUUUCUUGGCAAGUGUUGUUUCAAAUGCUACAGUGCAAAAUUCCAGUAAUUUGCUUCAAUGCAAAAGAUUUCCUGAGGACUCUACUUCAAGUUUAUGGUAAUGAAAUCAGCUGGAAACAAGUUGCUGAUAGUGUUGUGUUGGAUCCAAGGAUUGCUGCAUGGCUGAUAAACCCCAGUGACACAGUUCCUUCCUUUGAAUCUUUAAUACAGAAGUACUUUGAAAAACCUUUCUCAAAGGGAGCAGAAAAUACAGAUACAGGCACUUUGAGAAAUGCAUCUUAUCAAAACUUAGGUGUGAACUUGGAGAAGCUUUAUAAUGUAAUGAUGGACCUCAUUCAUGACUUAAAGGCUCAAGGUUUGUGGAACUUAUUUUGCACAUUGGAGCUCCCACUUAUCAAAAUUCUGGCAGUGAUGGAAACACACAAAAUAUAUGUGAACAAACAAGAACUGAAAAAAACAUCGGAGAUUCUGGGGUUGCGGCUCAAGGAGCUUGAACAGGAAGCUCAUCAAGUUGCUGGAGAACGGUUCCUGUUGACCAGCAGUUAUCAACUCCGAGAGGUACUAUUUGAUAAGUUAAAGCUGCAUACGCUGUGUGAGAAACUUCAGAGAACUGAAAUACAACAACUUGUGUCCACCUCAGAAGCUGUGCUACAUAAAUUGCAAGAUCUUCAUCCUUUGCCUAAGAUAAUUUUAGAGUACCGUCAGGUUCAUAAGAUGAAAUCAACUUAUGUGGAUGGAUUACGAACGUGCAUGAGAAAGGGAUUUAUUUCCUCUACAUGGAAUCAGACAGGAACUGUGACUGGCAGACUUUCAGCCAAACAUCCUAACAUUCAAGGUAUCUCUAAACAUCCAGUUAGAAUUACAAAGAAACAGUACAUAAAAGGAAAGGAAGAGGACAUAGUAACUAUUUCCCCAAGAACACUGUUUGUUUCAAAAAAAGGAUGUACAUUUUUAGCAGCAGAUUUUUCUCAUAUUGAGUUAAGGAUCCUUGCUGACUUAUCAUCUGAACCAGAACUUUUGAAACUGUUCCAAGAACCUGAAAUCACCGAUAUAUUUUCCACACUGGCUUCUCAGUGGAAAGGUAUUCCAAGUGAAGAAGUGAAACAUGCUGAUAGAGAGCAAGCAAAGCGUAUAGUUUACUCAGUGGUUUAUGGAGCAGGUAAGGAACGUCUUGCUGACUGCUUGGGAAUUACUCCUCUUCAAGCAAGUCAGUUUAUAGAGAGUUUUAUGCAAAAAUACAAGAAAGUGCAUGAAUUUACAAAGAAAACCAUCGAGCAAUGCCGAAAUAAAGGUUAUGUGGUUUCCAUAAUGGGACGUAAAAGACCCCUGGCCAAUAUCAAUGCCCAGGAUUACAAGUUACGCACUCAAGCAGAGAGGCAGGCGGUCAAUUUUGUUGUUCAAGGCUCUGCAGCUGAUCUUUGUAAAAUGGCUAUGGUGAAGAUUUUUACCUCUGUUGUCAUCUCUCCCACUUUAACAGCCAGGUUAAUUGCACAGAUCCAUGAUGAACUGUUGUUUGAAGUAGAAGAUUCUCAAAUCCAGGAAUUUUCAGCACUGGUAAAAAGAACAAUGGAGUCCCUGCAGCAAACAACAGCCUUGGAAGUGCCACUAAAGGUUCCCUUGAAAGUGAUUCUCACCACUGGGAAAUCAUGGGGGUGUAUGACAGAAUUGCAGGAGAUGUAAAGCAGCCAUCAGGGAUGUUAUUCAGUACCCGAACACCUCAUUGGCCUGUGCUGAUUCCUCGCUGAAUCACUAGGCAACAGCGCUGCUGGAUCUUUCAUAAGCACCUAAUACUCUGCAUGUGAAUUUUUUUACUUCAUUUUGUCUGUAGCCCUAGGCAACAGCAGUGAGAUAAAACUGGUUUCUACCAGUUCAUUGUGUUUCCUUUAGCCAAGGUAACCAGCGGGGAGCUGCUUUUGUUCAGAGCUAAAUUACUACAUGUAAGAAAUGAAACAAGACGAUAUUAACCCUUUGGGAACAUCACAAAUAGAUUUGAGUUGGAGGGAUGUUUAGACUUUAAUGUUAAUUUUUUUGUGAGGUGGGUGUGUAAAAAUACUUCUACACUGGCGCUAUUUGAACUGUAUCAGCAAAUGCUUAACUGUUGUAUUCAGCUUAUUUUGUAUUUUGUCAGUAGAAUGCAGAUGCUUGGUGUUCAUGACAUAUUAAAUGUCCUGUUCCCCAGAGUAAGAAAAAGAGUUCUUUGGAAAUGAACUUGAUUUUUAUCUAGAAUUUUGGAGCAAAACAAGUAAACAAAACUAGAAGCAUAAAUGCAAUAAAAAUAACCAGAUUGUUGUCAAUUCAGUUAAUUUCAAACUCAACUUGCACACUGUAACCUCAGCAUAGAGGAAAUAUUAUAGUUUUGCCUAAUUUAUUACUUUUAUUACUUAUGUAAUGCUAAAUAUUGUUUGGAUAAAUUUUAGGAUUUUGCCUUGUGCAUCUAAGGAUUCAGGCUUUUAUUCUAAUGUUUGGAUUUUUUAUUGAUAAUUUGGUUUUCUGUAGAGUUUAUUCCUUAAAAGAGCUUGUUUCAUAACAUUACUGUUUUACAAAUUCUGUCUCCAUGCUUGUGGAAUAUGAAGCUGUCCUCAGAGUCUGCUAGUAAUUAUUCAGAGGUUGAAGUCAAACACAAAACUUUUUAAGAGGUGUUCAGUAUGUUUUAUCAUUAGACAUCAAAGUUAUACAGUUUAAAUUUUAGAAAUGUAUGGUUACAAAGACUUUGCAGCAUUUUUAAUUUGUAGAGUUAAA